AAAUAGCAAGAAUGGUCACACAAAAAAAAUGCUGAAAACGCCGAAAAUGAAAAAUGAAUCCUUUACGGGGAGAAAUGGCCAUGGCCAUGGCCAUGUGAUUUCCAUUGAAAUUUUUUAAUUUUAAACAGUUUUCUUUUGAUUCGUUUUCUAUUCCAUCUAUUCACGAACAAAAAGAGAGCCCAAAUCUUUUAAGCCUAAAGCCAAGCUCCCCAGCCUUUCGUUCUCAUCAAUGGAGACCUCCACACCAAGCAACCCAGACGAUGUUCUCUUCGACGCCGACGACGAUUUCCCAUUCUAUGAUUGCCACGUCUCCUUUUCCGACGAACCCGACCCAUCUUCCACUUCCUCCUCCUCCUCCUCCUCAAUCUCCCACGUCGAUCCCAAUCCACCAACGGAUAUUAUCUCCCCGUCCACCUCCCUCCGUCGUCGGUCUUCCGCUCUAGCUUCAAUCUCCGGCAAGGAAUCCAAUGAUUCCUCCAUCAGUUCCGAGAUUAAUUCGGCAAGAGAUGCAAGGAGGAGUUUCAGGGAGAGAAAGUACAAAUUUUAUAUGAAUUUGAAGGAGAACGAGCACAAGUCUGAAUCGCCUCAGGGUGGUGGAGUUAGCUCGGUGCUAGUUCCCAGUGGCAACAACAAUGAGGGUUCGACUGUAACCUCUGCGGCUGAUGACAGAGGCGGUGGUGAUAACUCGGUCGACUCGGCCGCGGAACUCGGUGAUUCUUCGUUUAACUUGCUUGUAUUUAUAGCUGGUUUGGUGAUCAAGGCAAUUGGGUUGCAAAUUAAUUUAUUCAUUUCGUUUGUGACUUUUCCUAUUUGGGUUUUUUAUAACUCUUACAUGUUUGCUGUCGACCCCUUUCAAACAAUGAGGCGUGGAAGAGAGUAUUUGAUAGCGAAGGUUUUGGGAUUAUGGGAUUCUUUUUGUGGGUUUUGUAGUCCUUGGGUAAACGAAUGGUUGAAGGAGCACAAAUCGAUUUGGAAGCUGGCAUUGCGGUGUGGGUGGGGUUUAUUGUGGUCUUUUUAUGUUUGUUUCAUUCUGUGCGGUCUUUUGGUUUUUUCUCUUGUUGUUAGCGGGAUAACUAUGAGAUACUUAGUGGAGGAACCGAUUCAGAUGAAGGAAAUUUUGAAUUUUGAUUACACGAAACAUAGUCCCGUGGCCUAUGUGCCUUUAAUUUCUCGUGCUGGUGCUGGUUGUGGUAUGGAUGGUAAGGAACAGAAUGAAGUUGGGAGGAGUUUGGCAUUUCGAGCUAUACCUCCCAGUCACAAAUUACAGGUCGCUGUUUCAUUAACAUUGCCCGAGUCACAGUACAACAGAAAUCUUGGUAUCUUUCAGGUAAGGGUAGACCUCCUGUCUGCCAACGGCAAAACCCUUGCCAGUUCAAGCAAUCCCUGCAUAUUACAGUUCAAAAGCGAGCCUAUUCGUCUUCUGCUGACUUUCCUUAAGGUUGCUCCUCUUGUUGCUGGCUAUGUAUCGGAGUCCCAAACUCUCAAAGUGAAGAUCAGAGGAUUCACUGAAGGAGAUGUUCCUACUGCCUGCUUAAGGGUGACAAUGGAACAACGAGCAGAAUACCAACCUGGUGCUGGUAUUCCUGAAAUAUAUGAAGCAUUCCUAGUUCUCGAGUCAGAACUUCCCCUGUUUAAAAGGAUUUUAUGGUAUUGGAAGAAAACCAUUUUCGUAUGGAUCAGCAUGACUUCAUUUAUGAUGGAGUUGUUAUUUGCUCUAGUGUGUUGUAGACCUAUCAUUAUUCCAAGAGCAAGAACAAGAACAAGGGAUGGUGCUUAUAACAGCAGAGCUACUCAAAAUGGCCCUUCAGCAAAUAGUUAGGUAAACCAUGUUUUGUGAUGAUAUGGAAUGAUGGAAGUAGGGGUUUUACCUCUGAAAGAGGCAGUCGACAUUAUCUAACAUAUUGAGUUGAUUAGGUAUGGCAUCUUCACUUUAAUUUUAUGUCUGUGUAUACAUGCUAGUAUAAAUAUGUAUGAUUAGUGUUUUGGGAAAGAGCCAUAUUUGCAUCUCAUAACCCAUUAAUUUGUAUUGGUUUAUCAUAUUCCACAGUUUGAAGGAAGCUAAGCUGCAUUUCAUUCUACUUUUGAAGUUGCUGUAAUUCCAUGAAAUGAAAUGACAUAUGUAUUAGGGGAUAUGGAUUUUUUUUCAAUAGUGAAAAAAUUGGGUGGAAAAUGAAGAUUAAAGUGGGAUUGAUUUAUACAAGAUAGAAGUAAUGGUAUAUGAAUGUUGGGAUUCCCUAAUUGUAGAAUCAACUAGCAUUGCAUAUUGAAUUAGAAUUUGUAAUGCCUUAGUCUUCUAUGUAAUCAUGCAGUUUGUUGCAUUCUUUGUAAAUAGACCUAGACGGCUAUUUCUUCA